CAAGGGAUGGUCGACAUUUUCGACCGUAUGGAUGAAGCGAAAAUAAAAUGGGAUAAUGAGAGUGAUCUGGAAAAGGAAAAGCAGAACUUAGAAAAAUCAAAAGGAAAAAAGCUACUGAAAGUCUGAGUGAAACUAGAAAGAGAAAAGAGGAGGAAGGCGAACAAAUGAUCAUGCCGAAGCGAAAAAGAAAAACUACUGAAGCAUUUAGUCUUUGUCAGGAAGGCCUGAAGAUGAAGAAAGAAAACUUUAAAGCAGAAAUGGAGUUGAGGGAAGCAGAACUUGAAGAUAGAAAAUUGGCUCGUCAGUCCCAGGUACAAUUGGCUCAAUCUCAACAUGAAUUUUUUGCCAAUAUGCAGCUGCAACAGCAGCAGUGCAUGUCCCAAAUGCAGCAGCAAAAUUUACAAAUGCUGUCUGCUAUGAAUGAUUUGUUUAAUAGCUCCUCGAAGUCUUCAAAUAGUCAAGCUAAACUUCCAUAAAUGUUCUCUCAAACACUCUUUUUAAAGACCUGUAGUGAGCCAGGCAUAACAUUUUGUUAGUUACAUAAUUAUGUUAAAUUUUGUAUAAAUGUUAUUAACUGUU